AAUGCAUUCCCAGCAAAGGCUCCCAGUAGCCCCGCACGCCGAUCAUCCGUUGGAACCUCUUUGCGCCGAACGCAGACAUUGGGCACAGUCAGACCUUCAACAUCUACAUCACAUAUCCCAUCACUAUCACGUCGACCUUCGCUCGGCGAUAUGCAGCCGGCCGAUGGCAUAUCGCGUCCUGUGUCGGCGCUUUCGAACCUUUCUGUGGCGCUGGAGAAACUAGCUAUGCCGCCUCCGUCGCGCCCUAGUACAAGUAUGGGCUUCAACAGAGAGUUGGAAGACGACGAUGAAGCGCCUGCGGGCAGCAGCAGUGAAACGAAGGCCAAGGACGAUAACGGGGUUGGUCGAGUUUCGGCUCCCAAAGAUGGCGAUCUAUCAGGUCCCCGGAAAACGGCCACAGCGAAUGAUCUGUCAAUACCGUCUGGCCAUUCCAUAGCCAAUCGUGGGACGAGCCUGUUUAACAGAAACCGCGGCGUAGUUGGAAGCUCUGUCGCUGGCCAGCUCUAUCCCGCUCAAGGCCCGAGAAAGAUGUUUGGUGUCGGUGGUGGAGUCGGUCAGAGGGCCAGCAAGAGGUCGACUUUGCCGACUGUUGCAGGCAGUCCGGUCAAGGGUGGAGCGGCGCCAUCUAUGCCGGAGGCGGACGAGGUCUCCCUUGCAACGCCCGUUUUGUCCGGACUGUCCAGUGACCAGCGACCAAUUGCACCCCUAGACUUCUCGGGUAUCAGCAUGGCGGACUUGCUCAAGAACCCGGAUGAAUCUGCCGUUUCCGAAGACGAUGCACACGAUCCCACGAAUCCCCGGAAGGGACGCGCCUCACGUCGGGCUUCGUUGGCAUCCCAUAUGCUUGCCCAAUCGUUGUCAGGCAUCCCACAGACGCCUGAUGGAACAUCGACUAUGGGACCUCCUCCGUCUCUUCCGGGAAGGCGAGUCGCUAGCGACUCUCAGGCACCAAUCGAAGGCGCUGGACCAGCCACGGCUCCGGCAGCCAUUGGGCGUACUCGCGGCGUGGGCGCUCACGUGUCGGUUCAUAGGAAUACAGAGCCAUCGGGCAGCAACCCUCUCCCCGCUCCCUCCCUUGAUGUCCUCAAGGAAUGCAAGAUUUUUGUGGACGUGAAGACUGAUGAAGGUGACGACGCCGGAUCGUUGUUCGUGGAAAUGCUGAAGGGUCUCGGUGCGAAGCUCACAGGCCGUGUUGGCCCUCGAUGUACCCACAUCGUGUACAAAAAUGGCUUGAUGAGUACCUUGACUCGAUAUCGUCUCUUGAAUGAUCCGAAGCCAUUUGUCGUCGGUAUCGCAUGGGUCGUUGAAUGCGUGGAGCAGCGCGCCCGCGUCGAUGAAUCGAAGUUUGAGGUGGAUUUAGAGGGCGCUAAUGUGGCCGGAACGAACAAGCGACGCCGUUCCAUGUUGCCCAAACAGAUGUCCUACUCUGCAGACCAACCGACCUCGGAUGAACCGGAAUCAGAGUCGGAUACAAGUUUCAUCGGCGCCUCGGGCGGGAUUGCGGACACGAGCGGGAAGUCGGACAGCCUACCUCCAUUGGAGCUAGCCCGGCGACGCCGAAUGACGAAUGGUUAAUGUCUUUGAUACGAGAAAUCGACCACGAGUUUCUCCGGAGCUUCAUUCCUAUUGCUAAUAUACUUAUGGCCAUCAACGGAUCUACUGUAUUC